GAAGCUAUUCUUUUGUCUACUGAUUACAAAACCUCGCUUUUUUUUUUCUUCCAUAUUUUUUGAUCAGAAAGAGGUGAAAAUUAUUUGGAACAGUUAAAAUGGCUUUUACUACGAACUACCUUUUAACUAUUUUCUUUGUGUGUGGAGUUUGUGUUGCACAAAUAUAUUGUUUCGCACAACAAGCUAUGCAUUGGGAACAUCAAGAAAUGGUUUUUUCGAAACUAUUAAAUACUACGCCACCAUACGAUGCAAGACUACGACCAUUUGCUACUAAAAACAUACCUGUAAGAGUGAAUGUUAGCAUUUUCUUAUACAGCGUAUCUUCAGUUGAUGAUUUGAAAACGGAUUAUACAAUGCAAAUAUUAUACAGGGAGACCUGGUUUGAUGAAAGACUGACAUUUACACCGGAUGAACAUGUGCAAAAAAUAUUUGGUGACGACUGGCAUGCUCAACGCAUAUGGACGCCCGAUGUGCAUGUUGUAAAUGACAACCAAGUGAGCGAAACGAAUGAGGGAAAAAUUUUGGCGCACAUUGACCCUCAUGGCAGAGUUUUGCUCAGUAAAAGAAAAAAAUUAAGACCUUUCUGCAAAAUGGAAUUUUAUCGAUAUCCCAUGGAUAAGCAACUGUGUACAUUGGAGAUAGAGAGCAGUGUUUUACCAAGUACUGAUUUGGAAUUAGCAUGGUCAGAUACGAAGCCCUUGGAUUUGAAUCGAAAUUUCAUUGUUGCAGGCUUUAGUUUGUCAAAUCAUUCCCUUACAGAAAAGCUGACAGUUUACCCGCAAACUGGAAAUUUCAGUCGGAUAAUAGUCACAUUUGAACUUGAUAGGGAAUUUGUUCAUUUUAUAAUGGACAUCUACAUACCAAGCAUUUUAUUUGUUGUAACAUCGUGGCUCUCUUUCUGGGUAGAAAUACCAGCUGCACCUGCCAGAGUCACUCUCGGCAUGACUACAUUGUUGACCCUUGUUACAACUACGAAGGCCAUUAGAGAUAAGUUGCCUAAACUCUCAUACAUUCACGCCUUAGAUGUGUGGAAUGUGGUUUGCAUAAGUUUUGUGUUUCUUUCAUUGGUUGAGUAUGCAGUUGUGAAUUUCAUUUACCAUAAAGACAAAAGGAGAAGAAAGAGCAAAGCUAUGCCGAGAGUAGAAAGUGAACCCUCAUUUUACUCAGGGGAAAAUAUUCGUAUGUCACGUAUGUACGCAAGAAACACGAGUGAGAUUGCAAGAAAGAAGGAAUUCUUAAGAUCCGUGUCUGCUUUUUCAGACUCACAAUCUACAACAAGCGAAGUGGACGCAUCUUGUGGAUGGGUUUUGAAUGAGGGACUGACUCCACAAGACAUUGCCAACGGAAUAGACAAAAAGUGCCGAUAUCUCUUCCCCGUCACCUUUUUAGUCUUUAAUUUUAUUUACUGGUUAGUUCUUUGGGUGUAGCAUUGGAUAAUGCAUUUAUAUAAAUAUACGAUCUAAAAUAACGAAACCUUCCUACAAGAAUUUUCUCUUCAUGCCCAAUUUAUAGAAUGUUAUUUGUUGAUUAAUAAUUUUAAAGUUUGUUUCAACACAUUAUGUUUUAGAUAAAUAAAAAAUGGUUUUAAAAAGGAAGUGCCAGAAAGCGCGCGUCAUUUGUGCUCUAAAAUGCAGAGACAAAAAAGCCAAGUGAUAAUUGAUGAGUAAGGGUAAUAGCAUAAAGAUGAGCUACACGAAUGAACAACAGAUUUUCAUUGUUCAGCAAUAUUCGAAACACUGUUGCAUUUCUUGGUUAUGAUCUUGUGUUUUUUGAAAUCAUAAUUGUCUGAUUGGAUCCUGUGGUUUGCCGCUUUGGACUUUUUCCUUUGAAGCUUUUUGAGAUCUAAAAUUUAUGCUAACAAUCUAUGAUUGCUCAUGCAUUGAAAGGAUGAAAAAAAAGAGAGGGCCAAGUCAACGAAAUUAAGUUACAUUUAUGCAAAACGGUCAUUAAAGAGUUCAACAAAACAGUAUAUGUGGCAGCCAAACUUUUACUCAAUUACCCAAUAUAUGCUAUUCCAUACACAACUCUAUAUGUUAUGAAUCAAUUUUCACAUAAAAUAUUUUUUGCUAUCUAAAUUACUUGAAUAAAUUUUGUGAAACACUAUUUAUCUCAA